GCAGCGCAGAUCCUGUUCGGCAACAUCACGGAGUGGGGCCCGCAGGCCGCGAACUUCUGUCGCAACGCAGGGUGCAAGUACCACCUCAUAGCGCUAGCGGAGACGCACGUCGUCGCGAACGGCCUCACGGAGCAGAUCGGCAAGCUCGCCAUGGACGGCUGGAAGCUCUCGGCCACACCGGCGGUGGCUACCAACAAAUCGGACAAGGGGGCCCAUGGCGGCGAGUGGAUCCUCACGCGCAGGGACGUGGCGGCGACUACGUUCGAGGGCUACAGGGACUACUCUGUCAAGCGCCACAAGAGGCAGCCGUUCGCGGGGUUCACGCCGACGGUCCCCCACGCCAAGAGCGGCAACAUAGUCGUCGUAGCGGCGUGCCUUCGCCCUGGUCUACGGGACCAAGGCGCGAACAGGGACAUCUUGGUCUCCAUCUCCACCUUCGUGGACAUGCUCACGGACCCGUGGAUCAUCCUGGCCGACUGGAACUACGAGCCGCACUGGUGGGGCAACAAGCCGUGGCUCACGCGCUGGAACGGCGCCAUCCUGACCGACCCGAAUUGCAAGGCGACGUGCGAGAAGGGCUCGGGCUCCGUGUACGACUACGCGAUCGUACGAGCGGACAUCGCCACGCACAUCGGGGUCGAGGCCAUCUACGACGUCCCCUGGAAGACCCACUGCGGCAUCCAGAUCACGGUGGGCACCGCCGAGCCGUGGCAGUACAAAGAGAACUGGGACGACGCCGCCGACGAGGUCAGCAGCGUCCCGAAGUUCGAUGGCACAAAGGUCGGCACCAAGGAGGGCAGAGGACACAUCUUCCACAGCCAUGAGCCGAACCUCGCGGAGGACAUCAACUCGAAGUACGCGCAGUGGAUCGCGACCCUGGAGCUCGCCUUCCUGGAGACGCAUGCGGUCCCCGUCGAGGACAGGGCCAGGUACCAGGGCAGGGCAGAGGGGUGCAGGACCACCAAGCAGACGAUGAAGGCGUCGCCUGGCAGAGCGUACCUCAAGGACCCCGAGGCCACCUGGUGGCAGCACCUCAGCACCCUUGUCGCGAGGUACACCGCGCUGGUCACGAACGGCAAGGGCCCCGAAGCCCGCCAGCACAUCCACAAGACAGUCAUGAAGAAGUUGGACGACCCAGAGAACCCCGAGUUCCCCAAGGAGCACUUCGGUAGCAAAACCGACCCGCCGGAGAUCGAAGAGUGGAAGGCCCAGCUCGCCACCCUCGAGUACUGCUACGAGGGCGACCUGCACCGCAUCAGCGCCGCCGCCAUGGAGUGGACCCACAAGGCCAUGGCGAGAGCUGCAGGUAGAGCGCGAAAACGGUACCUCGACUGGGCGAAGCAGGCGUGGAAGGAGUCACCAGGCAAGCCGCGCCGCAUGGUCGCCGACCCCAAGGCGCCGCGCCUGGAGGACAAGCAGCCCCAGAGGACGGUGGGCGACCCAUCCGCGGUCAUGAACCACUCCGCCGACACCUGGCGCUCCAUUUGGGCGUCCGACAGCUACAACGCCAAGCAGAUCACCAGCGCCUACGAGAAGGCCAUGCGACUUGCGAAAGAGGACCCUCUCUCGCCCAUCGAGCCGCAGCACGUGCAA